AUGGGUGAUAAGAAAACCGUUUACACGUUUCCCAUAUUUUUCGGAGAAAAUUGUUACAUCGGUGACAAAGUGUUUGGUCGUCAACACUUGCAAAACACUGACCGGUCGGAUGCUGCGGUAACCGAGGUAGCGGUAACGCAGUGCGAUCGGCGGUGUUCGCACUGGACCCCGUUUCACUCGGCGCCUGCAGACGAACCGGCCGGAAACGACUCGAAAAUCGAACUCGGCGGUGGAAAUCCGGUGGGACCGGCGAAAAGCGAACUCGGCGGUGGAAAUUCGGUGGGACCCGCGAAAAGCGACCUCGGCAGCGGAAAUCCGGUGGGACCCGCGAAAAGCGAGCUCGGCAAUUCGGUGGGACCCGCGAAAAGCGAGCUCGGCGGCGGCAAUCCGGUGGAUGCGAUGGGCCCGCUAAACAUAAUGGCGGCCGUAAUACCGUUUGAGUGCACGUGGUCUACGGCUGCUGCUGACGUCGAUAAUCUUAGUUGGAAGUCGGGAAGUUCGUUCGAGAUUCAAUUCGACGAUGAUGAUGACGACGACGAAAGUGGUGAAUCUGAUAAUAAGUAA